UGAUGUGGCAGCGGCACGGACGGGAUGAGCGGGCGCUCCGCGGUGCCCCGGGAGCCCGGCGGGGCCGGGCCGUGACGUGGCAACUUCCGAGGUGAGGCGGCUGCACCUUCCCCGGAGAGCCAGCCCGCGGCUCGUGCUGCUCGCCCCGCCGGCUGCUUCCCAGCCCCGCCGCCGGAGAUGAUGAUUGCCAGGCAGCAGGGACGCCCAGGUCACCCCGCUGAGCCAUGAACGCCUCGGUGCCCGGCAGCCAGCUGAGACAGCCCGAGCCCCAGGACGUGGCCGCCUUCACUCCCGUCUCCAUCGUCAAGAGCGUGACCAAGAAGUCGGACGCGCUGCCGGUGAUCUCGGUGAUCGUGGUGCUCUUCGUGCUGCUGGCCGUGUUCAUCGUGCUGGUGGUGCACUACGGGCCCCAGCUGCGCACGGUGCAGGUCACGCUGCACCACGAGCCCAUGGCCCAGCACAUGGACAGCGUGCUCCUCACGGACUGGAGGCGCCUGGAGGCCCACGGGAAGAUGGGCUCGGCUGGAGUGACCUGCCACUGCUCCUGCAGCCACCACCUUCCCCACGGGAGUGCUGAGCCCAAUGUCAUCGAGAUCACCUACCUGUGACACGGCCUGGGGCCACCUGGGCAGGGCUCGAGGGACGCGUCCCACCGGAAAAGCUGGGAUGGGGUGUUCGGGUAUCCCGGGACUCGCUGCUGCCCACACACAGAGGCUGCGCCUCCCCAGACCCGUGUCUGGCCCCAGGAAUGCUCAUUCAGGAGGUUCAAGACCCAUCUCCAGCCCCCAAAAGUACAGCUUGGGGUGUCACUGUCCCCAGGCAGGAGCUGGGUCCCAGCCUGGCCUCUGGGGCUGGCUCAGCCUAUGUGGGACAGCUUUAGCAUCUCCUCUGGUUUUACCUGUCCUGGUUUUACCUGUCCCACACUGCCUGGGAGUGGCCAGCAGAGCUGCCUUGGUCCUUGCCCCAGCUGGGGAGCUCUGGGGCUGUGCUCGUUCCCCUGGCAGUAGCUGGAAGUUGCAUCAUCUGGAAUUGUUUUCCAGUGAAAGAUGUUUCCACACUCACGGUGUCCUCGUUACAUGUUUAUAUGGCACAGAGGAGCUUCCAGCCCCUCUUUGCCUCAUGCCACAGCCCCUUUUCCCACACUGGGGGGUUGGAACAUGAUCCUGCCCCUGCCAGCCCCCCCAGCCCCUCGGGCAAACAGCCAGAGGAGAGGAGGGCAGAGG